AUGCGGCGACAGGGAGGAGUGUGUGUCGAGUUGCUAGCAACUUGCGGAAUGACAACCGAGCGGCCGGCAGCGGCUGUCGUGCCCUCGAGGUGGGAGACAGGCGGGCGCACAGACGAAGCAGGGGCCGCCCGUUUCUACGCGACUGGCCGUUUUCUGAAUCAGCAAGUACCUCCUCUACCUGUCGCCCCGCUUCUUCAAAGAUGA